AGUCGCUCUCGUUCGAGAUCGAGCGACCGCGAACGUAGCCGUCAUUCGCGUUCAAGCAGCACGUCGUCCAGCGAGUCAUCCGGUCGAUCGAGCUCCCGUUCUCCGUCGCCAGAUCCCCCAGAGGAAGGAGAGCUGGACCGUCAAGGACCCGUGCCAGGCGUGGACUACCAGUCCCCCUUAUUGGGGCUCCCCAGAAUACCUCGCAGGGAUGAAUUCGCUUCAGCACAAGAAGAAAUACCCGCCCCACCUGCGGUGCCGCAGAGGACUCAGCGCAUCAGGAUAAGCCUCACUGAGGAGGCUAGGCGCCGAUUUGACCAAGUGGCGGCCGGGAUGCAGAUGUCAAGCAGUGAGCGAAUAGCCAUAUUGAAAGAUGUGCCGCUCGUCUCCUCACCGUUCGCAGAAGUAGCGAUGUUGGACGACCAACUUCCCAGGGAGGUUGAGAGGUCCAUUCAGCUUCGGGAGACAGACUUACGCGGUCUAAACGAAACCCUCAUCAACACCAUCAAUAUAAUCGAGCUGGUACGAAAGUUAGGAGCUGACGGAGCAGGAACAGAAUUCCAUCCUUCCGUCAUUGGAUAUUUCGACAUUGCUACCACCCUCCUUUCAGCCUCCUUACGUGACAUCAUUGUCUUCAGGAGAGAAAGAGUGUUGAGGUCCCUCGGACUGGACCCUUAUAAGGCCAUGCCUUCCUACAGAAGACUUCCGCUUGCCGGGACCACAGUGGUACACCGCAUGUCCCAAGCAGUACAUCCGGAACUGUUCGGACGCGAAUUAAGGGACGAACUGGCCGCGGGGGAAAGUGCCUUGUUGAAGUCCGUGCAGAAACUGCGUGCCCAAAGAUCACGAAGAAGAGACAGGCCUGAUACAAGGAAAAGAAGGUCGCACACACAGCCCAGCACAAGCAGAGCCGAAAACGCGUCGACAUCGUCGGUUCGCGAUAAAACGCAAGACAGACUGAGAGCCAAGAAAUUGUUCAAGAACGAGAAAAGAAAGGAGAAAUAGCUUUGCCAUCACCUCAGUAGGAUUCUGCUACCUCAGCAAUAGAUGUAUAACAUGUUCGUUCGGGUUGACUAAUAAAUGUUCAUGCGUU